AUGCCCGGAGUUAGACCAAUAUCCAAAUCAAAAAUAAUAUUUCCACUUUCCAAAAUAUCUUUCGACCUACUUACAAACAUAUUGUCAUUCGUAAUAAAACACGAAGACGGUCAAGUUUUCGAAACACAGGUACUCUACGUCAAUCGAACAUGGGCAAAAGCGGUAGUCCCGCAUAUAUGGAGCCACGUUUACAUUAUCGAACCAACACAGCAACACGCACUUCUCUAUCUUCUUAGGUCGUCGCCCGACCAAUUAAUGUUCAACUACGGUGCAAUGAUACGGAGUGUGACUAUUUGUCCUGUUUCCAUUUCAAAUAUGAAACCUGGUGGGUUAUUGCGUUCACUAAAGGUUCUUCGAGAGAAUUUACCGAAUUUGAAAAAACUGCAUGUGGAGGAUAAACUUUCGUUUUGUCAUGUUUGUCAUGUUGGGAAAGAAGCGACGACGAUGCAAGUUGGUAAGCUACUGUGUGUUAAAGGAUUGAAAGAAUUAAAGCUUGAUUCGAAUCACUGGACAUUUAAUGAUGAACUAUUGGAGAUUAUAAUGCCAACAAUGACCGGUGGAUUAAAUCGUCUCUCAAUAAACGGCGAGAAUUUCACAGAUGAAGGAAUUGUCGAAUACGUAAUUCCGAAUCUAAAAGAGGAUCUAAUAGAAUUCUCUGCUGAACACCGCGGCUUAAAUCCAGUCUUAAUAACAGGCCACUCGAUUCUCGCAUUACUCUCCAGUUGUCGAAACCUAAAAAGAAUGUCACUUGAAGGAAUAUACUUGCAUGAUCAAGACUUUCUAAUCGACGAACUACCAGAAAGCAAUUUAAAACACCUAACUCUCGGAAAAGUAUCACCACAAGAUUUCACAACAUUCGGACUUCGCUCACUACUGCUCACAUGCCACAAGACGCUAGUCUCACUAGUCCUCGACAUGGAUCACAUCUCACAAACCGUUCUUCAGGACAUAAUUAUUCCGUUAUUUCAUCGAUCACAACUCGAAGAACUUCAUUUAGUGUCGGAAUCCUGGGCAGCUUGGACAGCACAUUAUCCACGUCCACGAUACGAGCAUGAGCUACGUGCAAAAGAAGCAAUGUGGCGAUGGAAGAUGAAGGCGUAUUGGGGAUUGUCGAAUGAAUUGAUUAGAUUGGUGGGAAAGAAGGUGAAAACGUUGAGAGUUUUUAGUAUUUUGGGUGAAAAUCAUUUAAAUCGAGCAAUUACUCAAUUUUGA